AUGACCCACCAAACCCAUGCGCAGGGUGCAAAUCCGCCUGAUAACGCGGCAGACUUUUGCGGGGCCGACGAUAUCACAUCACCCGCUAGUAGUAAUCAUCAUGGUGCAGAGCACGCAAAAAGAACCCCAGUUAACAGGGAAUAUAACCGAGCGGCGCGGUACCGUGAUUGCUCACCCAACUACAACUUUGAAUGGGGUAGUAUGACGGAAGAGAUGACAAUGGUUGGAGGCACUGAGUUCACCGAACGGAGGGGUGAAAUUGUGGUGCAAGACGACGAAGAAAGUAUUGCCUUCCGUUUCACCAACACCCGGAAGGAUGUUCUGAAGUUUCGUGCGUGCAUCUCGUAUAAAACGCACCGCUCGACAAAGAACGCCGUUCUACCUAGUCAAGUUGGUCCCUUCAAUGACGAAAUACUGUCCGUCAUAUUUCUUUAUGUUAGCUUAGAUAUGCGUGAAAUACUGAACGCAGGUCAAGUGUGUCGAUAUUGGCGCUUCUUUGCAAAUUUGGCACCACAUUGGACGUAUUACAACCGGCUCGAUUUGGGGCGACGCUUAAUGCAGCUCCCCCGUUACCUCCAAAAGAUGGUGGGAAGGCCCAGAAUAGUGACGAGAGAUGAGUACUUCAGGGAACGGCAAAAGGCUGCCGAAUUUGACGAACGCGCGACUGAGAAAAGUUCUACACAACACGUGCGUUGGUGUAUUGCCAUUGCUCUUCUCAGUGCGGCGGCCUGUGCUGGUAAUUUUUUCUUUUCAUAUUAUGUUGGGGUGAGGUUUGCUGAACGUUAUAGUGAUGCCGUCCUUGGGAGCAUAGCAUUUCUUAUUCUGCUGGGGUUGGUGAUAGUGCAAGUUGUGUUCAUUAUCAUUCCUCUGGGCACUGGUUCCACACCGGGGGAAAAACAAAACAGCAUGAGGCUGUUGGCGUGGGCUGCAUUCCUCUUACUCACAGGAAGUGUGUUGGGAACCAUCACCACACUGACCACGACGCGUGUGGAAAGUACCAGACAAUUGCUCGGGGCUCCCGUGGUGGAGCUGGUACCGGGAAAAGGUUGUGAAUUAGUGGAUUUGAGUCGUGAGCCCGCAUUUGCCAUAUUACCUGCUCCCUUGUCUGAUGUACGGUGGAGGCCAAUAACAACGGACAAGGAAGAAAAGACUUUCUUGCCUCACUGCGCGUCCCCGGGAGCCGGAGAGAAGGAGGUGUGUUUCGUGCUGUUGUACUUCGACGAAUUAUACAACUCAAGUGUAUUCUCCAACCACACCCAACUCGUUAUCUCCAAGCACAUCGGAACGAGAUAUGCGCUUAGCUUCGAUCCAUUCGACGCUAAUAGCAGCAGUAGGUGGUGUGAGACGGGGAAGAGACCACAAACAAUCGCCGUGACGAUGCCUGUCUACGUUCGUUUGGUGGAGGAGCGUAACAGGAAUUAUUUUGAUGAUUCAUACCUGGACCCUCUACGACGCCCAGGGAGGAUAUCCUCUAUAAGUUAUCAAUGCAGCGUUAAGUACCCUCGGAUAGUGACGGAAGACCCUCCGGGUGCCUCAGAGAUUUGGUACAAAAGUCAGGUGCCGUGGCGUCAGCAUCAUAUCCCUCUUGUCACGGACGUUGAGAAUACGCCACUGCGUUACCUGGAGGAGCACAAUCACUUUUUACACUACUCUUACGCAUGUUACAUCGCUGCGGCCCUGUUGUGGUUGUUUUUGUUUGUACUCCAAUGCUUCCUGCGGAAUCACGCGCUCAAGGUGCUUGGACUGGCCACGACGUGUACCCUGUUAGUAAUGAACCCAGUGGCCCUACUGGUGUCCGGCGUGCUUUGCAUUACGCUGUCUGAUUAUUAUUUUAUUUGCAACGAAACAACGGGCGGGGCGAUGAUCGGCACAGGGAUUUCCUUAACAGCCUUUGCACUCGCUGCGUACGUUUGUUUUUGGUGA